GAGAAAACGGAGUCGCAGACUCGCAGAAGUGCAGAGCCGAGAACGCGUCCACUCCAGUUUCCGACGAAGGGGGGUCGAGAGACACCCGAGCAGCUGCAAGUCUUGCCUCGACGAGCUCGCUGCUUCUCGGCUUUUUCUCUCUCGCUCACUCGAAGGCGGCCCCCAGGUCGAGUUUUCGCGCCUCAGCUGCUGUCGAGACACCGCGAUCGACUCUGCUUCUUUGCCUAUCUUCCUGCCUUCUCUUCCUGCCUUUUCUUCCUGCCUUUUCUUCCGGUUUCCCUCCAUGCUUGUUUUCACCUGGUGCCGAACUCGCAAGACGCCGACUCCAGGGCCGCUGCUCGCCGGCGGGAGGAAAGGCGCAUGUCUACAGACUCCGGUGUUCCUUUCUUCACUCAACGCUCUCUCGCGCGUAUUUCGAGAGUUUCUGUUUCGAUUUUCAGAAAUCUAUUAUUUCACAGAUGCGUCGAAAAAGGGAUGCACACCCCAAGAACGCCGCGCUGUUUCUGCUUCUGUAUCGUCCUUCUCGUGCUCGUCGGUCUGUCCAUUUCCGUUGCCCUGAGAGUGACGGUCCCCCCGCUCGUGGUGUCCUCUCUCUCUCUCUUUCCUUUUGCUCUUCGUUUUUUUCCUCCGUCUUUUCUUUCUUUUUGCUCUUCUUCUCUCUCGUCUCCCGUUUUCAGCGUGGAUCUCUGCCUUUCCGGCGACGCAGGACGCAGACACUGUACUUCUCUCGCGCUCUCCUGCAUGCAAGAGCGCGCGCGGCAGUUGGCGCUUCUCCUUCCUCUCUUUUUUGGAACCACAGUUUCUCUUCUCUUCUUUCUCGGCCUUUUCACUUCCAAAACUCUCACCCUCUCUCCUGUCUCCGAAAAAGCGCCCUCGUCUCCGCGGCCACAGCACCCUCCACUGCGCCCGCCAAUCACAAAUUUUCCUCUCUGCUGUGUUCUUUGCGUCGACUUUGUGUAGAUGGAAACGCGUCUUUCUCUCUCCUCUGAGUGGCGAGAGACUUUUCUGAGGCUGGAGCAAAGGCGGUUUCUGGAAGGCCGCCCCGCAUUCCCUCGUGACGCGCUUCGUUCACAGUCUUCGUCAACUUUGCUUGUUUUCGUCCGGCGUUCCUCUCUCUCCUGACCGCCGCCGAGCUCUCUUGCUAUCCCCCUGUCUUCUCUUUCUCCGUUCUGUGCCUCUCUCGAAUUCUCUUCCCCAAGUUUCGCUGUCACUUUCUCACGUCUGCUGUCUUCUCUUUCUCUUCUCUCAGCUCUCCGUACAGAGACUUCCAGCCUGCGCGGGUCCCAGGAACUCCUUCGAGCCGCCCGUUCUCUUCUUCUCUCCUCUUCUUCUUCUCUUCUUUUUCUCUUCUCUUCCUCUCUUCUUAUCUUCUUCUGUUCUUUUCUUCUCUUCUUCGUCUGCGUGCAAUCCAGAUGCAGCGCCGCAAGACGUUUUUCCGCUUCCCCUCUCUUUCUCUGAAGAGUUCGUCGACGGAGGCGGCCGAGGCGCCGGCUGCAGAGUUCGAGCCUCAUCACGCUCCGAAGCCUCCCGAGAAGGCGCCUCCCUCAGGCGCUCCUCCCUCAGCGUCCGGCCCCUCGGAUAAGUCUGGCUUUCUCCCCGUUCUCAGUCCGCCCGCGCGUCUCGACUCGGCUGGUCGAAGCACCGAACCUGCCGACGCGUCUUCCGAGCUUCCCUCAGGUCUCCAGGACGGUCUACAUCAAGCCGACGAAUGCGCAGACUGCCGCGAGUCUCUGCGCUCCGAGAAGCCAUCAGAUCCUUUUCUCCCUUCGCCGUCUCCCCACCGCUGUCCUCCUCCUCCUCCAUCGUGUCUCACUCCCCCGUCUCCCCUCACUUGCCUCACUCCUCCGUCUCCCCUCACUUGUCUCACUCCUCCGUCUCCUCCCUCUCCCUCUUCUUCUCGAGGGCCAUCGGCGUUCGCGGCCGCGGACGAGGCGUCUCGCGGACGCGAAGCGAGGGAAGCCGCGCAAAAACAAGCCUCGCCUCUCGCGGACGCGCCUCGAGCUUUGGAGCCUAUUGAGGAGGGGAAAGUCGCGGAGGCGCGGGCGUCGCCUCUCGCGGAGGCUCCGCAGGCCGAGCGCGACGCGGCGUUCGGCGCCCCCAAGGUUCUGGGCGGCUACGAAGUGCUCGGCGAAAUCGCGCGGAAGAAGAAGUCUUCGCUCUGGCUGUGCAGACGCCGGGCGGAGGCGCCGUGCCUCCUGGGCCGCGCCGAGGACGCCCACGGAGACUCCGAGCUGUCCGAGCUGUUUGCGGUCAAAGAGGUUCAAAAGGCCUCUGUGGUCACGCAGAAGCAGGCCGAGCACCUGUGGAACGAGCGCCGCGUGUUGGAGGAAGCCGCGUUCUUCCCUGAGGUCCAGUGCAGCGUCCACCGCCUCGUGGAGACCUUCAAGUCCGACAGCGCGCUCUUCUUCGUCUUCGAGGCUGUGCUCGGCGGCCCGCUUCACCGCCACAUUCGCUUCGAAGGCGGCUUCCCCGUCGACCGCGUUCGCUGGUACGCCGCAGAACUCGUCCUGAUUCUCGAGGCUCUCCACAGACGCGGCAUUCUCUACAGAGACUUGCAGGCGUCCAACAUCCUGUUGGCAGACGACGGACGCCUGAAACUCGUCGACUUUGGCCUCGCGAAAAACCUCGAACGGCCAGAGCCCUCUGCCAUCCCGCCCUGUGCAGCCUCCACUCUUGCUGCGCCGGCCUCGUCCAGUCAGUCGUCUGCGUCGACGUCUGCCCUCUCGUCCUCCGAGUUGAAGCGGACGUUUUCCUACUGCGGGACGUUGCAUGCCAUGGCGCCUGAGGUAAUCGCCGAGGGUCGCCGCGCGGCUGCAUGCGCGCCGCCUGCGCAAGGAUCGUCGAAAAAAUGGCGCGGCUGCGGCCUGUUCGAGGCGGGGGCGAGUCGCUCACACAGCCGGGAGCAGGAGAAGUCGCUCUCGAAGUCGGCCUCCUCCUUCGCACCCGUUGGGGGGAAGCAUCGCCUUUUUCCUCGGCUGGCAGAGCCGCGCUCGCGGUCGAGAAGCUCCGAGCCGAACCGCCGGACCGCGGAACAUGGCCCGCAGGCCGACGAGCAGGGAAGUCCCCGCGGCUACUCCUUCCCCGCGGACUGGUGGGCUCUGGGCGUCGUCAUCUUCGAAAUGCUGUACAACGCGGUCCCCUUCGGCUACCACGACUACGAAAACGAACGAUCGCGACCCAUUUGCGAACUCGUGAAAAGCAGCCCCUCGACUGUCAUCUUCCCUCGCGAUCGACGCGUUCCGGAUGAGGCGAAGGACUUGAUUCUUCGUCUUCUUCAGGCGGACCCAGAGAAGCGUCUUGGACGUCACGGCGCAGAGGAGGUGAAGAGUCACUCGUUUUUCCGGACGGUCGACUGGGAAACUCUCGACAGCAUUCGCCGGGCGCCGAGCGUCCCCCCAACCCUGCGGCACUUCAUUCCGGAAGUCGAGCACGGCCUCGGCUUGAUGCCUUUCAUCGAAGGAAAAAAGGAGAAACAAAAAGCAGAAGGCGAUCCGUUUGCGGAUUUCUGAGGGGAAAUUCAGUUCCACGCGUCUUCGGGAGAAGGCGAAUUCGCAUGUGCGGGGACAGCGCAACGAGGAGACCUCUCUCUGUUGCUGUAGCGCGCCUCUCGCUGACGUCUCUUUUUCAGGGGAUCCACGCUCUCUGUCUCGUCUCCUUCUUUGUAUCCUCGCUCUGCUGGCUGCUCCUGUUCUUCCUACCGUUUCGCUUCUGCCUCUCUCUUGAGCUGGUCACCUUUCGCUUACGCCGCACUGCCCGCCGUUCUCCAUCUUCCCCUCAGUUCCUCUCUCCCCGUCCUCGAGUACAGACUCCGCGCAUACCUCGAGGCGCACCGCAGCUCGCGGCCGAGGUGCAUGCCCAGUGGAGCAGAGCAGUCCCGGUUGGGGAUCUUCUCUGUGGAUCGCUCAAAGCGUCGAGUGAGGCCUCUUCUUGACGGCGACGCGCGCAGUGUCCGAGCGAUCACGAGGUUUCAGAACGUCUCUGGAAAUCUUCGUCGUCUGAUUCGAAGACCUAUCCGUUGCUUUCCGCCUUGCGCGCCGUUCGAACUCUCGCGCCCACCAAAGCAAGGGGAACGCGGAGAUACUCCCAAGAAAAAACGGGAGGAGAGCGAGUCGCCCAUAUACAGAGAGGAAGAGAGCGACAGUCGGCGACACAUGCACAUGCUACGUUUUUUAUACACAUACAUCUACGCUUCAUAUUUACAUAUGUUUAUAUAUAUAUAUAUAUAAAUAUAUAUAUAUAUAUAGAUAGAUAGAUAUAUGUAUGUUCUUGUGUUUAUGUGGAGUCUCUCUUGCAUGUGUUUGUGGAGGGGAACGGCGUUUGCUUUUUUUAGAGUGACUAGGUAUCGUGUCAUCUCAGUGUGAGUCUGUGCGCUAGCAGGCGGCAAGCGUUAAAAGGUAGAUCUGUCUCUUUUCUAGGAACGCUUCUAAGUUUCUCUCGGAGCUCCGCGUUCAUCGCGGUCUCUGAAACCGCACAGGUGCACCGUCAGCCUCGUCUCUCUCGCGUAAGGGGAGUAUACGACUCUGUGCGUUUGUAGGCAUCAGUUCGUCUUUUCAUGGACAUCCAAGCUGUCGUUGCGCAUCUGUGUUCCACGUCAAUGCAGAUGAGUCCAUGUUGGUACGCAUACGUGGAUUCAAAUACGUUCAGGCAUGCGGAAGGAGAUGUUUCCUACUGUCUCCGGGGAUGCGCAUACCUUUAUUGCUCGGCAUGCGCACAAACGCAUGCAAAAGUUUUCUUUUCUCCGUGUGUCGUUCAAAGGAUGCAAGGCAACGCGUCCAAGUCGUGUCGCUUUCUCGUUUUUUCCUCGUCAACGGUGCCUGUGAAUCGCCGGGGAAAUUCUCGUCCUCGACUUCCGUGGGCGGAGUGACCUAGGAGACUCCCUCUGCACCUCUGCUGCUCAAGCGGUCUGCUUCCUGUCGACGUCAAGAGACCUGGAGGUUCUUCUCCGUCGGCCGAAGUCGUCUUCUUCUCCUCGCGUCUCCCGUUCUCGUCCUCUCUUCCGGCCGUCGCGAGAACGAUCUUCUUCGUGUCUCUCCAUGUCCAGACCGUGGUCUCAAAAUUCAUCUUUGCCCUCCCGCAAGAGGACGCUGACAGUCCUUUUCUCCAUCUCGUCCAGUCCGGGGAGCCUGUCAAGAUUAGUGUUGCGAUCUCUACGUGCAUGUCUUUAUACAUAUAUAUAUAUAUAUAUAUAUAUAUAUAUAUAUGUGUAUGUGUAUAUGUGAGUGCUUCAUUGGCGUGUCAGUGGGCGGGGGGCGUCUCUCCGACUAUAAGCCGAUUCCACCGACCCAGCCAGUCUGCUUUUGAGUCUUUUCCGAGAAGCAGCGGCUGUCCGUUUUUCUUUGAACCCCGCGAGCGUGU